CUGCCAUUUGCGCGUCAGUACGCGGCAGCGGAGUGACCGGGAUUCUAGUGUGUCAAGCAAGCGGAGCUCACUCAGUGUCUUCAACGCGUUUGUGACCUAGCAACACUUUUAUUUAACCUAUCGACGAUUUGUGUUAAUUGAAAGUACAUUUCAAAGGAAAACUCAUCAUGGCCGAUACCGCCGCUGUUGAUACCAAGGAAACGAAGACUGUCGCCACUCCUGAGAAGAAGGUUGUGGAGGAGGAGAAGAAGGUCGUAGAGGACGUCGACGAGGACUCGAAAGCAUCUGAAAACGGUGACGCCAAGGAGGCAAAAGAAAAUGGGUCAAACGAGGAGAAAGAAGAGGCAGAGGACAGCAAGGAGCCCGAGUCAACGGAGAACGGUGAUUCCACAGAUGCGCCCGUGGACGCCUGUUGCAUAAAGAGGAAAUCGACGGUGUCCGCAGACGCGGUCGACGGAUCACCGGCGGAAGGUGCGAGCCCUGAGAAGAAAGCAAAACUGGAGGAUAAGAGUCCGGAGGCGGAAAACAACGGCGGAGAAGCGGAGGCGGCUGCUUAAUUUUAAUCCUCAUCCUCCUCCCGAUAUAAACUUACAAAAGAAAAACAAGGAGAAAAACAAAACCAACCCUUUAAACUAAAAGUAAAAUAAUAAUAAUAAUACCCAGCCAACAGUUCACUCGACAGGACAAGAAGAAGGAAAACAAGCAACAGAAAGAAAAAUAUAUAUAUAUAUAUAUGUUUAACAAAAACGUACACAAAUAACAAAAAAGAAUGAACAUAAUGAAAAAGAAUUAAGUAAAUUAAGUAAAAUAAGGUUAUUAAAAUGAACCACUAAAGGAAAGAUAGGAGAGUAAAUGUGUACCUCUACCACUUGUUUUACCAUUAAUCGUGUCGUAAAACUUGAAGAUGGAAAAAAAAACAACGAAAAACUCGUUCUGAUUUAAAUGAAUGAUAUACAUGUACUACAUUAUUAUUAUUAUUAUUAUUACUACUACUACUACUACUACUACCUUUAUUAUUAUGAUUAUAAUUAUUUUAAAUUGCGUUAUAUUAUAUAUUCGUGCCGAGUGACAUGAUGAGCGUGUGUAUGUGCAUUAUAACGUGACGACUUUAUGACAAGAGAGGGAGAAAGAGCGGAGAAAUUGACGGUUUUCUGUGUAUGGCUUACACUCACUUUCAUUAUACAUAUACAUUAUCAGAUACUCAACUAUUCCUGACCUACGUCGUUUCUACCACGACUUCCUUGCCACUCUUUCGUUUUCUUUUAUGCAACCUGUUUCAUCCUGGUAUUAGAUUGUAAAUUACCGACGAACGACGUAAAGAGUAUCACUUUGCGAAGGAAAAGUUCCGUUAGCUGACGCUUGAAUGCUUGCGUUUUCUUCCCGAGAUUUUUCUCUCUUCUAUUUCAUAUUAUUUAAUUAUCUCAGAGAAUUGAAAACUGGAAAGUCGGUCAACGGUCAGAGAAAAUUUGGAGUGAACAAGUUAUCUAAGUUGAAAUACGUGUAUAGGUUAUUUUGUGUCUAGUAAAAAUCGUGGUUUGUGGAAGAAAAAAUAUGACGUUCUAAACCCGAGUCGGUCUGAAAAAUGAUUUUCAAAUUAUGUCGUUUUGAAAAUCGUAUUCCAAGACUCGUACGAUGUUCUAUGGUAUACGUUUUUUAAAUUUGCGACUGUCUAAGAAUCAUUUCCGAAACGCAACGCGUUGCUCGAAAAUUGAACUUUUCGACACGCGUAUGUCGCGCUUUCGAAGACAUUUUUCAGAAGCAUUUCUAACUACGAUUUUUUGUGUUGCAAAACAAUCUGUAGACAUCUCUUUCUCUUUAAUUAAUAAACUUUUACACGAGAAUUUCUUUUAUUCUUCGAGGUGAAUACCAUCCUUACUCCGUAUUAUUACACACGUCCAUAUCGCAUAAUGCUAAUCUCUUUGCGAGAAGAGAAUUAGUUCUAUUUUCGUUUGCAAAAUUAAGCAAAUUCCUACGAUGAUAAAUUAGAUUCAACAAAUCAUGCUGUACGCUGAAAAUCACAAUCUCCAGUCCAUGCUUUGGAAUAUUCUCUUCCCUUUUUCUCCUUCUUCAUCAAAGUCACGUUUAAAAUCCAACCAUCGCGUUAAUUUUGUGUUUUUUCUUUCUCUGUACAUCUACCAUCGUAAAAAUUUUGUCUGGUUUUUUUUCUUUUCUUUUUCUUUUACCAUUGAACUAGGUGCCAGUGUGCCGUGCAAAUUCAAUCAAAUAUGUGUAGGCAUAAAAGAAUGGAAAUAUUUCAAAAAUUUCAGCUACACAUUGAAGGCUAAAAAUGACACAUUGGGUUGUUUUCUUGCUCGAGCAUCGGUCGCUCGUUUUACUAUAUCAGUAACAAAAUUUUUAUAGUAACAAAUUCAUUUAUGGGCCAUCGUUUCGGGUCAGUCUAACAUAGCUUUCUUGAUAUGGCCGCGAAACUAUAAACAAAAGAUGCAUCAUAAUCUCAGUAUUUGGUAGUUUAAUAUGAAGGUAAAUUACAUUAUUAUAAUUAUUACUAAUUUUAUCAUUAUGUUUGUUAUUCUCAUCAUAUUGUACACGAAGAAAGAGCUAGAGCAAAAUUAUUAGAUAUCAAUCUAUCUUAACAACGAUAAUAAUAAUGUAUGUAUAUUUAAUACAAAAAAAGAAUGACCCUUAACGAACUCUUAACAAUGCGCGGGUCGAAGUUGUUUCUUUUUUCUUCUAUUUUGCCGAAAUCAGCGUUCAUUAAAUUUCAUACUGCAAGCUACUCGACAAGUUGUAACAUUUAUAUUUCGGCUUGUAAAAAAUUACAUUCAUACCGGUUGCAUUUAAAAAAUGAGAGGUAAAAAAAAAUAUUGCAUAAAAAACAUUGCAUAAAUAACUACCGCAUUACACCUGUAUGACAUUUAAGUCCCAAAAGGUGCGAUGGCUGCAUUUAUAUUAUUUUAAACGUAUUAUAUUGAAUAAUAUUUUAACGGUAGUUAAUAGACGAAUAAUAUUACGUUUUGCAGACAGCAGUUGCUGCGCAAACAAUUAAUAUAUUAUAAAUUUAAUUUCUAAAGUAGUAGAACGUGUCUAUCUGUGUCGACUUAGAAAAUUUUCGUUGUUUUGAAACGCUAGUUAAACGUGAAAAAAAAGAACAAAAAAAAAACAAGCAAAUCACAAGGCGAUAUACCCAUGUUAACACGACAUUUGCCGAACCCUCUCCCCUCCAAACCUUGCAAAUUUAUAUCACUACACGGGGACCUGUAAAGAAUUAAAAAAAAAUAUUGCCACAAUUUUUUGACAAUAUGCAAGAGUAAAGUGCGAAAAUAAAUCUAAUAAACAAGGUAAUAAUAAUAAUGAUAAUAAUCGCAUCAAACCUGUAAACAACCCAACUGCUUACCUCUAGACUUUUUUCCUUCCAGUGACGUCUCGCUAGAAGUUUUCGAGCCGGCAAAAAGACUAGACAAUUAUCGUACAAAAAGAAAGAAAGAAGCCAAAAUAAAAACAAAAGGAAAACGAGGAAAUGCAUGAUACAAAAAAUAUGAAAAAGGAAUAAAAAAAAUAUAUAUAUAUAUUGAAACAGGUGGAUUUUAUAAAAUAAAUACAGUAUGUAGAAUCAAACGACGAUAUGAUCUAAUAAUUCUAAUAUAUCUUAACUAACGUUUAGAAGAUAACAAUAAUAAUAAUAAAGAUAUUAUUGACCUAACAA